CUAUGUUCUUUUAAGCUUGUUUUCCUCUUUUUUUUUUCUCUGGUUUUCAUUUUGGUUUUUUCGAUUCAAAAUAAAACCAAGUUUAAAGAAUCGAAAAACCAAAAGAAAGACGAGAGAAAAAGAAAAUAAUGAAUAAUAUGUUGAGGUUUGUGCUAGCAAUUUUGCUAGUAAUUCCUUGCAUUUUAGUAAAUGGAGAGGAUCCUUAUUUGUUUCACGAAUGGAAAGUUACAUAUGGCACCCUUUCUCCUCUUGGGGUUCCACAAAAAGUCAUUUUGAUCAAUGGCCAAUUCCCCGGCCCUAGAAUUAAUGGCACAUCCAACAACAACAUUAUUGUCAACGUGUUUAACCAGUUGGACGAGCCGCUCCUUUUCACAUGGAAUGGCGUCCAACAGAGGAAGAACUCGUGGCAAGAAGGUACCCAUGGUACCAAUUGCCCGAUCCCUCCGGGGGCUAAUUUCACCUAUCGUUUUCAGGUCAAGGAUCAAAUUGGAAGUUACUACUACUACCCCACCACCACCCUACACCGCGCUGCUGGUGGUUUCGGUGGUAUAAGUGUCUUGAGUCGCGCAUUGAUCCCUGUCCCGUUUGAUACCCCUGAGGAUGAUUUCAUGGUCCUUGUGGCUGAUUGGUAUACCAAGAGCCACACCGAAUUGAAAAACUUGUUGGAUAAUGGGCGCGCUCUUGGAAGGCCACAAGGUGUGAUUAUCAAUGGAAAGAGCGGGAAAGGCGACGGUAAGGAUGAGCCAAUGUACACUUUGACCCCCGGAAAGACGUACAGGUUCAGGUUUUGCAACGUUGGCAUGAAGGAUUCUAUCAAUGUUAGAUUCCAGGGCCACACAAUGAAACUUGUUGAAAUCGAAGGUUCUCACACGGUGCAAAAUGUGUAUGAAUCACUAGACGUCCACUUGGGACAAUGCAUGUCCGUUCUGAUAACUGCUGAUCAGGAUCCCAAGGACUAUUUCCUCGUGGCUUCCACGAGGUUCACCAAGGAACCACAUGUUGCUACCGCCACAAUCCGUUAUGCCAAUGGCAAGGGCCCCGCCUCACCCCAAUUGCCUAAGGCACCAGAAGGGUGGGCCUGGUCCCUGAACCAGUUCCGCUCCUUCCGUUGGAAUUUGACCGCGAGUGCAGCUAGACCUAACCCGCAGGGAUCUUACCAUUACGGUCAAAUCAACAUCACGCGCACCAUCAAGCUAGUGACUUCGGCUGGCAACGUUGAUGGCAAGCUUCGCUAUGCCAUCAACGGUGUCUCGCAUGUGGAUCCCGCAACACCAAUUAAAUUGGCUGAGUACUAUGGUGUUGGUGACAAGGUGUUCAAGUAUGACUUGAUCAAGGAUGAUUAUGAACCAGCAUCUGGGAAAGAAGCACAAGAUAAAAUAACUCUUGCACCUAAUUUUGUCAAUGCCACUUACCGCAACUUUGUGGAGAUCAUUUUUGAGAAUCAUGGCAAAAGUGUUCAAUCUUGGCAUUUGUCUGGACACUCCUUCUUUGCUGUUGGGAUUGAACCAGGGAGGUGGACCCCAGAGAAGAGGAGGAACUACAACUUACUUGAUGCAGUGAGUAGGAACACAAUCCAAGUUUACCCUAAUUCAUGGGCAGCAAUUAUGACAACUCUUGACAAUGCUGGAUUAUGGAAUUUGAGAUCUAAUUCAUUGGAAAGAAAUUACUUAGGACAUCAAUUAUAUUUCAGUGUCCUCUCUCCAAAUCACUCAGUUAAAGAUGAAUACAACAUGCCCGACAAUGAUCUUGUUUGUGGUUUCGUUAAAGACAUGCCACGUCCUACUCCUUAUAAAUCUGGUUAAAUUUAAUUCAUUCUUGUGAUUUUUUUUAUAAAAAAAAAUUAUUUUGUACUUUGUACUGUGAUUUUUUAUUGUACAUUGUUUGAGCAAAGAAAAAGCAAGAGUGAGUAUAAGCAGGAGAAGGACAAGUUUUUAAGUCCAAGUGAAACAGAUAUUUUUUUGGUCUCUUUCUUGUGUAAAAUAUAAUUUUAGUUUUGAAAUGAAUGUAUUAUUUGUUCUCUUAA